AUGGGUCAGGGAUUGAGUUGCACAGAGACCCCUCAAAGUGGACUCUUUGGACCUCUCAAGGAUGGGGAAUUGGAGCUCGUUGAGGCUAUGCUGGAAGCAGACCCAAGUGUUUUUCAGCAGAGGAAAGGUCGUGCGAGGUUGUCUGCGCUGCAUGUAGCUGCUGUUGAGGGUCAGAUCGAGGUUCUUUCUCUGCUUUUGGAUCGUUCUGUUAUCAAUCCGGAUGUCGUGGAUCGACAUAAACUGACCCCGUUGAUGUUGGCUGCAAUAAACGGGAGGAUCGCUUGCGUCCAAAAGCUUAUCCAAGCUGGAGCAAAUAUAUUGAUGUUUGAUUCCCUGAAUGGAAGAACCUGCCUGCAUUAUGCUGCCUACUAUGGUCAUGCGGACUGCCUCCAAGCCAUUCUUUCUGCUGCCCAUUCCUCCCCUGUAGCAAGUUCAUGGGGAUUUUCAAGAUUUGUGAACAUAAGAGAUGCAGGUGGUGCAACCCCAUUGCAUUUAGCAGCCCGCCAAAGUAGGCCAGAGUGCGUUCAUGCUCUUUUAGACAUGGGGCUCUUAUACCCUGGAAGCACACCGCUUCACUUAGCUGCACGUGGUGGAUCUUUAGAUUGUGUCCGAGAGUUACUUGCUUGGGGAGCAGAUCGGCUUCAAUUAGAUGCUUCUGGGAGAAUACCGUACACAGUUGCUCUGAGGCGCAAGCAUCGAGCUUGCGCAGCUGUACUGAACCCUUCAUCAGCGGAGCCUCUUGUUUGGCCAUCACCUUUGAAGUUCAUCAGUGAGCUUAAUCCAGAGGCUAAGGCUUUGUUAGAAAGGGCGUUAACAGAAGCAAACAUGGAGAGAGAGAAAGCUAUCUUGAAGGAUGCAGUAAACUCACUUCCAUCUCCUUUGCAUUCAGAUGCAGAGACUGAUGACAAUGCCUCUGAGGCUAGCGAUGUGGAUCUAUGCUGCAUAUGCUUUGACCAGUUAUGCACAAUUGAGGUCGGACCAUGCGGUCAUCAAAUGUGUGCACAUUGUACCCUUGCCCUAUGCUGCCACAAGAAGCCCGAUCCUUCAACUACUUGUCCUACAGUCCCAGUUUGCCCCUUUUGCCGAACCACCAUUACCCAACUGGUUGUGGCCAAUAUCAAGGCCAAUAAUGAUGUGGAGCUCGAAAUGAGUCCAUCAAAGCCGAGGAGAUCAAGAAAGUCUAAUGUCAGUGAAGGUAGCAGUAGCUUCAAGGGGUUGUCUCCUAUGAGCUCAUUUGGAAGGAUGGGCGGUCGUAGCUCAGGAAAGAUAGCUGCUGAAACCAAUGAGGAGAUCCAUAAGCCUUGA